GUGUGUGUGUGUGUGUGUGUCAAGAAGGUGUGGUCUGCAGGUGGGUUGCAGAUAAAGACAGAUCAGAUCCUCCUCCUCUCUGUUUCAGCCUCAGACCAUGACGACGCUAACUCCUCUGCUGGGGAUCCUGCUCCUGAACGCCUCUCUGCUCCUGAACGCCUCUCUGCAGACCUCAGACAGCCAUGGUCGUGACUUCGAGGAGGUGAAGGACUACGAGGUGGUCCGACCUGUCCGACUUCACGCUGUCAGAAAAAGAGACACAGAGCAUCUCAGGCCGGAGAGUAUAAAGUAUGCAAUGACGGUGGGAGGAAGAGACAUUGAGAUGCACCUAGAAAAAAAUAAUGAAUUAUUACCCAAUGACUACACGGAGACUAUUUACCAAGAAGACGGGACUCGAGUCACCACAACUCCCACUGACAUCGAUCACUGCUACUACCACGGGAGCAUUUUGGACGACAGCCAAUCCUCUGUCAGCAUCAGCACAUGUGAUGGACUCAAGGGUUACUUCCGGACGUCUGAACAGAGGUAUCUGAUCGAGCCGCUGUCCGGUGGCGAUGAAGGGGAUCACGCCGUGACCACCUUUGACGACAGGAAGUCCCCCCCCGCAAUGUGUGGGGUCACCAACACCAGCUGGAGCGAGGACUUUGAACCGCCAACCAGCCGCAGCCGCUCCAGAUCUGCGGGUUUAUCUAUCCUCCAUCAGCAGAAAUACCUCGAGCUCGUCAUCGUUGUAGAUAAUCGCGCGUUCCAGAAGAGAAACCGGGAUCUGCAGAAGAUUAGGGAGAGGACUUUUGAAAUCGUCAACUUUGUUAACUUGGCGUACAAGCCCCUGACGACCUUCGUUGCUCUGGUGGGUCUGGAGAUCUGGUCCAUCAAAGACCUGAUCUCUGUGACCCCCCCGGCCGGAGCCAACCUGAACGCCUUCAUGGGCUGGAGGAACUCUGACCUGGCCAAAAGGAAAAAGCACGACAACGCACAUCUCAUCAGUGGCAUUGACUUUGAAGGAUCCACGGUGGGACUGGCUUACAUCGGGACUCUUUGCUCAGGUCACUCUGUUGGAGUCGUGCAGGAUCACACGGAAAGGGCCAUCGCAGUCGGGGCGACGCUGGCUCAUGAGAUGGGUCACAACCUGGGGAUGAACCACGACGACUCCAGCGCCUGCCCCUGCUCUGGAGACAGCUGCAUCAUGGCUCCAGCACUCAGCUACAAUGUGCCUCGCACUUUCAGCGGCUGCAGCACCAACUUCUAUGAGAAAUAUCUGACGGGCCGAAGCCCCGGCUGCCUGCUGGACAAACCGGACUACAAAUCCCUGGUGACCCCGGGCGUCUGUGGGAACGGCUUUGUGGAGGCGGGGGAGCAAUGUGACUGCGGCACUGUGGAGGAGUGCAUGAACCCGUGCUGCAACGCCACCACCUGCAGGCUGAAGGAGGGAGUGCAGUGUGCAGAGGGGGGGUGCUGCGAGGAGUGCCAGGUGUCUCCUCGCUCCCGGGAAUGUCGCUCUAAGAAGGAUGAGUGCGAUCUUGCGGAGAACUGCGACGGGAAGAGCAACAUCUGUCCUGAAGACGUGUUCGCAGUGAACGGGCUCCCGUGUGACGGAGAUCUGGGUUUCUGCUUCAACGGUCGGUGUCCCCAGAGGAUGGACCAGUGCGCCAAACUGUACGGAGCAAGUGCUAUCGAGGCCGGAGCGUUCUGCUAUAGGUACAACACCAGAGGACUAUACUGGUCCUUCUGCAAGAGGACCGCCAACGACCGGUUCAUCCCCUGCCAGAGAGAAGAUAUCUUCUGUGGGAAGCUGUUCUGUGAGGGCGGCAGCGGCAACCCCAACUACGGCCGGAUGGUCAAAGUCGGGAACUGCAAGGCGGCGUUUUUUGGAGAUUUCACCAAAGACUACGGCCAGGUGGACACGGGGACCAGAUGCGGGGAAGGAAAGGUGUGCAGUCAGAACGAGUGCGUGGAGCUUCAGACGGCGUACAGAAACACAAACUGUUCAGCCAAAUGCCAAGGACACGCUGUGUGUAACCACAGGAGUGAGUGUCAGUGUGAGGCCGGCUGGAUGCCUCCUCGCUGCUCCUCCAAAGAGGCCUCGGAGGGUCUCUCUACAGGAGCCACGGUGGCCAUCGCUCUGACGGUGAUUUUAGUGGUUUUAGGCGUGAUUGCUGGAGUGAUCGGAUUCAUCUGUAAGAAACGACAAAGUCCCAUGUUGCCAACUUCACACACGCAGAGGAAGCUGCCAACGAUGCUCAGUCAACAGACUACAGUGCAGGUUGUAAGGCCCAAACCCAAAGGAGCUCCACCGCCCCCCCCUCCAGCCGGAAACAGACCCAAACCCCCGGGACAGAACUACAGCGCUGCUCGCCAGGCUCUGAGGCCGGUCCCUCCUCCUAAAGUCUGAAGUCGGACACUGUGCCAGGUCCUGCUGAGACUCACCUUCAACCCAAAGAGAAACUGAGGGGUUUUCAUUAAACUUGUCGUGUCUCGGCCUUUUCCUCUGCAGCGUGACGGAGAUUCUGGACUUGAACUCUUCUCCUGAACGCCGUGCGCUGAUGAUUUGAGAUUACAGGGAAGAACUGCACUUUGUUGUUAAACCACAGGGUGCAAACAGCCCUGAACGUGAGCCAUACCGUUUUAUAUCUGUUGUUUUCACGAUAAGACUGAAUGUUAUUGUCAAACAGUUUCCAGCAAUAUUUUUUACAGUGUAUUUUUAAACUGCUUUGUAAUAAUGGUCAUGCUUUUAUGGUGCAAUGUGUAAAACGACUAACAACCCAAAUGAAAUACUGAUUAUUAGUAGGCCACUGAAUUCACACUGCCACUGAAACAUGCUACACAUCAGCCUGCUUUGUUGAAUCUCAAUUGUUCAAAAUUCUGAAUAACGAGGGAAAGAAAUGUGAGAAAUGUCUUUGUUAUAUAAAAUACAGAAUCUCCGUCAGUUGAUAUGGAUUUAAAGAACAGUAUUAAGACAAAACUCAACAAGAUAAGGUUAUUUUCCAAUUAAAUAAUGUCCUUUUCAGCAUA